AUGAAUUUGUUUUUUUAUUUCCUUUAUAACAAGAUAAUGAAGCUGCCUGAGGUUACACCACAACUAUUGCAGGAGUAUUACUGCAAUUUGUUCAUAAAUGGUGAAGAAACCGACGGUCAGGUUAAAUUCAAAUUUCAGAUGUUUGGGCUUUGGAUCACUGAUUGUGUUGUUCUCCUGGUAGAAUGCUCGCCGAGAGAAUGCCCGGCGAAAGCUAUUCUUGGUGUUUUCGCGGCAAAUGACGACGCCAUAAAAAUUGGUUCCCCGCCUGUAUAA